AUGGCUAAUAAAAUUGACUUUGAUUUUACUGAUGUCGCAGCAAGUGAAAUACAAGAACUUCUAAAAUUUAAUUCAAAAACUUACCUUCCUAUGAAAGAAUUAAUUUACAAUCGUAGUAAUUCGAAAUGUCAACCAAGGGCACAAAAUGGAUUUGUACUUUUUCGGAAAGAUUUAAAUGCUUUCAAGAGUUCUUCAAAAUUAAAAAUCGGUGACGCUUCACGCCUCGCCAGUAGGCUAUGGAAUGGAGAUCCUUCAUGUAAAGGUGAUUCUUCCUGUAAGCUAUGGGAAAAAAUUAAUAUUGAUGAAAUAAAACCUUUUUAUAAUAAACUGUCAGAAAUUGCGAAGAAGAAAUUUUUAUUGUUACAAACACUACGACUACUCUACUAG